GGCAUUUGUAUACAAAAAUGUAUGGAAAUGUCAAAUCGAGCCGACGUGUAUCUUGCUCAGCCGUGGUGGGAGAUUCAGUGAAAAUGUUAUCUUGUACUUGUUCGCAACUAUGAGCCAGUGUUCGCUUUCUAAUCGCGCCGGCCAGACAUAGCACGAUAAAUAAUGUCGUACGACAAUUUGAUCGAGAACCUAAACAGCCACGGUCAAGGGCACUUGCUGAAAUACUGGCCGGAACUGAACGAAAAACAGCGGGACCAAUUGAUUAGUGAUUUAAAAAAAAUCGACUUGGCCGAAGUCAAUGAGUUAUUCCGUCGGGCGAAUGAUACGAGCAAAGUUAUUUCGGAAAAAGUUGAAGACUUGAAGCCGAUUCCCGACUCUCAUUAUGAAGCUGUUCCUAACUUGACGAACGAGAAAAUAGAAGAGUAUGAAAGUAUUGGUUUGAAAGAAAUUAGUGAUGGAAAGGUCGGUGUGCUACUUCUCGCGGGCGGGCAAGCUACCAGGCUCGGCUUCGGCCAUCCGAAAGGUAUGUACGAUGUCGGCUUACCUUCGAGAAAAACCCUGUUCCAAAUUCAAGCUGAAAGAAUUGUCAGAGUGCAGCAAAUGGCAGCUCAGAAGUAUGGAAAAGAAGGUCGUAUUACCUGGUAUAUAAUGACUUCGGAGCACACGAGGGGACCAACCGCAGACUACUUCAAAAGUCAUUCCUAUUUCGGUUUGAACGAGGAGGAUAUUGUGUACUUUGAGCAGGGAACAUUGCCGUGUUUCGAUUUUGAGGGAAAAAUAUUCCUGGAUGAGAAGCAUCAUGUUGCGUCAGCCCCUGAUGGUAAUGGAGGACUCUACAGAGCAUUGAAAUCCCAGGGUGUAUUAGCCGAUAUAGCUAAGCGUGGUGUUGAGCACUUACAUGCUCAUUCUGUUGACAAUAUCCUGAUCAAAGUGGCUGAUCCAGUAUUCAUCGGUUACUGUAAGAGCAAAAAUGCUGAUUGUGCUGCAAAAGUUGUUCAGAAGUCUUCUCCAAGUGAAGCUGUAGGUGUGGUGUGUCGUGUGAAUGGACAUUACAAGGUUGUGGAAUACUCAGAACUGACUGAUGAGGCUGCAGAAAGUCGUACCGCUGACGGCAGACUCACAUUCUCAGCCGGUAACAUCUGCAAUCAUUACUUCUCAUCAGAAUUCUUAAACAAAAUCUGUAACUUUGAAUCUAAACUGAAACUCCAUGUGGCCAAGAAGAAGAUUCCAUAUAUAGACCAUGAAGGGAUCCGUCAGAAGCCAACAGAACCGAACGGAAUCAAAAUGGAGAAGUUUAUAUUUGACGUGUUCGAGUUUGCUGAGAACUUCAUUUGUUUGGAAGUGGCCAGAGAUGUGGAGUUCUCUGCUCUGAAGAACGCUGAUGCUGCUAAGAAAGACUGUCCGUCAACUGCCAAGCAGGACUUGUUAAGACUUCACCGAAAAUACAUCAGGGAAGCCGGCGGAAUUGUGGAAGAUAACAUUGAUGUGGAGAUCUCUCCGCUUCUGUCGUACGGUGGGGAGAACUUACAAGAGCUGGUCAGCGGUGAGGUCUUCACAAUCAGCCCCUACCACUUGAAGAAUAUGCAAGAGUCCGCAGCCAACGGUAACGGAGUGAACGGUAAUCAUUAGUACUGUAUGUGCUUUUAAAAAAAUGUAUAUAAAAACUUUUUGGUUGUUAAAGAUCAGGCAAAUGAAAAAUCUCUUCUGUUUAGCUAUUGGUAAAAUAACUUUUGAAGUUAUUCAGAAAAAAAAUACAAAUUCUAUAUUAUUUAUUUGAGUUAAAAACAACAAUAUUUUAAUUUGAAAGGUGUAAGUGAUGUGAAAUUUAAGUCAUUAUUAUUUAGGAAAUUUAUCGUUAUAUUUUAAUUUGCUUUCGAUUAAGUAAUUGAGGCAAUAAUUAGUUUAUUACACAAUUUAUUGUAAUUAGUUUAAUGACAGCUUAUUAAGUAUCAUGAUUAUAUUUUUAUUUGGAAAUCAGAAAGCUUAGCUUUCAUGUUAGAUUGCAUGCAUUUCUAUCAUCAUCACAAGAAAUAUUCUAUUAAAUAAUUAAUGAGGCAAUUAAAAACCAUAGAUGGGAAAUUAUAAAAAUGGUCUUAAGGGAAAUAUAGUUAGUCUUAAGUUAAUGCUUCGACGGAAAGUGAUUAAAAUUAUAUACGUACUGGCCGUUUUCCCGCGGUUUCACCCGCGACCCGGGGUAACUACUGCCCGCACCGCGAUAAAAUAUAGCCUAUGUUACUCGUGGAUAAUGUAGCUUUCGAAUUGUGAAAGAAUUUUUAAUAACGGCCUAAUAGUUUUUGAGCCUAUUCAUUACAACCAAACAAACAAACAAAGUUUUCCUCUUUAUAAUAUUAGUAUAGAUUCCAUUUGAAUUGUAAGAACUUUCAAAGUUAAACAAGGACACCGAAAAAUAUUUUGGGAUAUAUUAUAGCCGUGAAUAAUAAGAGCUCUGCCUCAUUAAGACGCCAUGGCGACGUCGCCAGCGGCGCAGGUCUGGCUACUUAAACGUCGCCAAGUGAGUUAGGUACCCAUAUACAUUUCAAUAUUAACUGCUUGGAUACGUAGCCGGCGACGGCGCCAUUGGCGUCUUGCUCUAAGAUCACGCCUCAUAUCGAAUGUUAACUUAGGUAAAACAUCGAAAAAAUAUAAAAUAAUAUUUGAAUUUUCCGCUGUCAGUCGAAGCAUUCAGGUUAAAACUACCAGCGCAAUGCAGAUUAACAGUCGGCCGACAGUUGACCCGAUGGCUGCAAAAACUUUUUCCUAAAGAAAAUCUUGAUUCCAAUCAAAGUUUUCAGUCGGACUGAUAUCGGCUAAAUACUUGAUCUUUGUUACGUGCGUACUAGCAUUCAUCUUCCUACUGAUCUAUGAACCCAAACAAACUAUCGGCCGACUAAAAUUUUGCAGUGUAGAACCUAUUUUUACAAAAUGAAUUUUAUAAUCUGUAUCUGAUUUGGCGCCAACGCUUUUACUUUCAAGGUCGCAUAGUGAAUCUCGUUUCACAUAAGACCUGUUUGGUCUGACCUCCUUCGUCGAGGCGCUAUGUUAUUACGUUAUAAUAUCGUAAUCAUGAAGAAAUCUG